CAACUGCUCUUGCACAGACUCAACAGAUUCAAGGAUUGCUGCCAUGAAGACCAGACUAGGAUGUUUAUCCCGCAAGUCUGACUCCUACAGUGAUUUCUCAGAGUUCCUGCCUCCAGCCCAGGAAGCCACCGCCAGAUGCUUGAAAUUGUCAACAGAUGAGGUUGUUAGAUGGUCUGAUUCAUUUGACCAAGUUCUUUCUCACAAAUAUGGCCUGGCUGCCUUUCGGACAUUUCUCAGAACGGAGUUUAGUGAUGAGAACAUCGAGUUUUGGAUGGCCUGCGAGGACUACAAAAAAAUCAAGAGCUCAAGCAAACUUAUAUCAAAAGCAAAUAAGAUCUUCAAGGAAUUCAUUGACAUUCAGGCACCAAGAGAGGUAAACAUUGACUACCGCACCAGGGAGAAGACCAAACAGAGCCUGGAGGACCCCACGCCCAGCAGCUUAAAUGAGGCUCAAGCAAAAAUAUAUCGUCUCAUGGAGAAAGACUCCUACCCACGAUUCCUCAGAUCAAAGAUGUACCAGGAUAUUGUCAACAGGACACACGCCCAUGGCCAACGGAGAUCUGUUUGAUCCUAUUGAAAGACAAGUUAAACAGACAUGAAAAUCGUAUAAAUAGAAUAUUUAGACCUCAGAUUAUUAAUACCGAUGAGGUGACAUGCUUGACUGUACCCUUUGUCUGCACCAGUUCCGUGUAAAGUAUGCUAUCUUUAUGAAUACGAAAAGUGAACUUGUACAGAACGGGAGCCAUGGACACAUACUGUACAUAAUUGCUUUUCCUCACCAUGUUCGGUGACAGAAAACAGCAUAUUAUGUGAUUGCAUGACUGAUCUGAGUUAUAUUGUUUGGUCUUUUUGUAAGAAGGUCAUUCUGUCUUGUAAAAAGCCUGACAGCUGUCAUCUGCUAUGAAAAUAGAUGGUUCGAAUGAUAGAAUACAUUUUAAGUCAUCAUUCGUCAUUCAAAUGUUAGUUUACCUUGCAAAAAAGGUAUUACUCUAAAAUUAUGCAAUUAAUGGUUUAGUUUAUUUCCAACAUGCUUAAAGUUACUUAGAGGUAGCCUACAUCACAUGUUUACACUUUACAAUUCAACAUAUCCGAAAAGGAGUAGGAAGAAGCAGAGCUUAUUUAAGCUUCUCUUGCAGUGCAGGAGAAGAAGUGCAGGGUAUGUGAUAAACAAUACCUUAAUGAAAUAACAAAAAGAAUAAAGACUUAGGACGGGAGUCAAAUUGACACAAACCUUACAAAUACUAUAUUACAGAUAAAAUAAUAAGAUAAAAUAAUAAAUGAAUUCAGGACAGACACUGUGGUUCUCAGCAUUCUUCUUCCAUAUGCCUUGUAAAAAACAUAUCCUUAAUGUCUUAUUAGUACACUGAAUCGCUUGCUUCCCUCUGUUUUUGUAUGAAAAGAUAAAGCAACGCUACAUUGACGAAAAAACAAGCUUGAUAUGAGCAGAAGCAAAAAAAAAAAUAUGCUCCAAUGAAACUACUCUUUCCCAUUUAUGAGAACUAGAGUACUCUACACGAUAUUCUAGAAUGGUCCCUCACUUUUCUUAGAAUCGUUCUUACACAACAAACAACUCUCUGACCAAACUUCUUGUUGAUGGUCUUGUAACCCAUGGACAACUUUCUGUAGCAAUGAUUUAAAAAAAAAAAAAAAACUUUUUAAAAACACCUUUUUAAAAGAUUUUUUUUUUUUAAUUACUGUAUGUAAAUGUAUAACCAUUUUGGAAAGAGAGCUUUAAUUGUAUUGGAAAAAGAAUAUACUGGUAGAAAGCCCAUAGUUUUUACAUGUUUUUGUCGUCUUGUUUUAUUCAGAGUUUAUUUUCUCACUUUGUUUGGAGGUCCUUGAAUGCACCAUAGUUGAGACAAAGUGAAAGUUUCUCCGAUGGUGCCACAAAUAAACUUUUUUUUCCCGUUCUUCUUUCACCUCAUCCUAAAUGCUAGUGCUGGCUGUGAUCUUAUUAUGAUGAUAUUAUGUUCUUAUUAUGUUUGUGUUGUCAUAUUUAUUCAGUGUUGUUAAUCCAUGCUAGUAUGCUGCCUGUCACUCACACAUCAAAAAAUGAUGUGAUUAUCUUCUCUCAUGAAAAUAAACUCCAGGCUCGAGUCUUUAUUCAUUUUGUGCUUUUAAUUUGAUGUUGUUGGAAGCUACGUUUCUGAGACUUUUGUUCAGUGCAGUCAGACAAGAUGUAACGCAGUGCUUUUAAUGUGAAGGCCGGAAGUGUGUUGUUGUUAAGAGUCUUUCCUUCAUGUUAAGGUUUCACAUCGUCGCUCUGAAGCUCCAUGCAAAAUUUCACAUCAAUUCACCAGGAUGAUUCUGAGAAAGGUGAGGGAAGCUGGUUCAUGAUCUCAAGGAGGCUGGCACCCUGGUCCCCCCCCAAAAACAUUAGUAACACCUAUCAAGGUAAAGGACUGAGAUCCUGCUGUGGCUGCAAGGUCCCCCUGCAGCACAUUUUCUGGACUUUUCUUAUAUUCCGUCUCUCUUUUACAAUGAACCUCGUAGAAAAAUUCAGGACGGUUCAUACAGUAUCUUUGUAAGCUUACAAAAUAAGUAGGGGAUCAAAUACAGAUUUUUCCCUGUAACUUUGUCUAAACCAGGCUUCGGCAACCCGGGGCUCCAGAGCCACAUGCUGCUCCCUUUGCCAAGGUCUGUGAUUUUUUUUUUUUUUUAACACCGAAGUAGGUGGCUUAAAACCAGUUUUUUAAGAGGCAUGUAAACAACCUUAAAUAGAUUGGCUUUUUACAAAUUGGAUUAAAAAAUUAAGUAAACCAAUAUUUUGCGACAUGACGCCUGAAUAGAGUAGGCAGAGUAGUAUCAAACAAUAUUUUAACACAAAAAAAACAUUUUUAUAUUCACAAUAAAAAAUCAUACCUGUGCAUUCUGCGAGUCAGUGACAACAAAAAACAAAAAACAUUCACAACCAGUACCCUUAAUCAUACAGUACCUUAUUUCGUGAAGUAAGAAUGGAAUACAUACAACAAUUUACAUGUCACUGACAUGUAAUCCAGCAAUUAAAAAUAGCAGAAGGUUUGUAUUUCAAAUAGUUAAAGCAAUCCACCACAGUUGUGAUGUUUUUUACAUGCCUCUGAUGAGUACCAGAACCACAAGAACCAAAGGACCACACAUUAAAACCAUUACCAGCAACAUGAAAGAGCUGUUGAAAGUUUUAUUUGUUAGACCGAAGGCUUCUGGACUGAUAGCUCUUAGCAUGUAGCUUCCUCUUUUUCUACCCACCCUGCUAAACAAUAACCACAAUCGCCCCCAAGUGAUACAGAGGCACACAGCAUUUGGACAACAAUCUCAUUAGAGUUAGUGCAUGUAAACAGGGACUUCACGCUGAGGUGUGAAAAUUGGAAAAAAACAAACUAUUUCGGUAAUCAGACUAUACUACUACAGACUACAGAUUUGAACCAAUAUCUAAUUUUUAUCGGCCAGCAAUAUUGGUCAGUAGUAUGUGUUCAGUGCAUCUUUCUGAUCCACAGAGGCAGGUUCAGUGGGAUCCAGCUCACCUAUAAUAGAAAGCUGAGUUGUAGGUGCCUUUUCCUUUGACUGCACAAAUUCUUAACUGAAGGUGAAAAACAUUAUAGUGGCUUCCGCAUCCUUCAAUAUUUCUGUGAAAAGGUUUGAUUUAAAACGGCGUGCCUAAAGUGUGGCUAAGAAAAGAAAACUAAAAUGUAAGCAACAGCAAAAAUGGAAAAAGCAGUACAUUUAUGAGAAUUAAGUAAAAAUAUUAAGAGAAAAAAAGUCAGAAUUUUACGACAAUGAGCUUGUAACAUUAUGGAGAAAAAUGCCAUUUUAGUAGCAGAGGUUUGAAAUAUAUAUAUAUUUUUUAAAGGUGUUUUUUAAAGUCCUAAUAUUAUGAGAAACAAACAAAACAAUAUAAAAGGUGUAAUUUUGGAAAAUUAGGUUGAGGAAAAAAUAUAUAAUAUUAUGGGAAUAAAGUCAUAAUAUUAAGAGAAGAACAUUUCCAGAGAUUAAUUAAGAAGAAUGUUGAAAUAGUUGGAAAAAAAAUGGAAAAAUUUGCAGUAUUUUACAAGAACAAUGUCAAAAUAUUAAGAGAAAAAAAAAUCAUAUUUUAAUGAGAAAAAAGGCACAAUUUUACGAGAAUAAAAUUGUAAUAUUAUGAGAAACAAAGCAUAAAAACAAAAAGAGUAUCUGUUGCUUUACAAAAUAUCAAAGUGGCCCUUGCAUCCUUUCAUUUUUCAGUGUGUGGUCCUUGGUGGAAAAAGUUUGGACACUCAGGCAAAUGGUCAUUGAGCUGCACCCGUCCACUCUUUACUGAGUCACACAGAGGGGCCUUCAAAAAAAUAAACAAACAGACCAGUGUAAUUUCAGGAAACAUCACUGAAUUUUCCCGUAGCAUUGACCUUUGACUCGGAUGUUGUGUCUUCUAUCGAUUCUACCCAAUCCCUACUCGCUGUUGUUUUUAAUCAUGAUGUGACAGCAAUGCUGCCGAAAAGCUUACCCACAUCAUUUCUCUUCAUUUAACUACACAUACAAAUCUGUAGCCUGGCAGCAUACUAGAUAUUUACACAUAAUGAA